AUGUCAACUGCUCCAAAUAAAAAUAACAACAAUAAUGAUACCCCAAAGAUGAAUGAUAAAAAUGAUAUUAAUGACAAUAUUGAUAUAAAUGAUCAAAAUGACAUCGAGGUUGAAGAAGACGAAUGGGCUUUUGUAGAUCUUUGGGAUAAUAAUAUAGAUCAACAAAAUUUAUUAGAAAGAUUUUGGAAUGAUCUUAUUAAAACAACUUCAAACACUUCAGAUAUGCAAACUCUAAGUGAUUGGAAUAAAGCUAUGUCCCCUGAAUCUCAAAAUAAUCCUGAUAUACCAGAUUUACAUAUCUUAUUAGCUUUUAAAGCAAGUGAUUUAGAAACAAUUAAAAAUUCAACAGAUACUUUUAAAAGUCCGCCACAUAAUAUUUAUAAUAAUUAUAAUUAUAAUAAUAACAAUAAUAAUAAUAUUAAUAAUAAUAAUAAUGGUAAAACUACAUCACCUUCAUCUUCAUCUUCAUCAGUAUCAUCAAAUACUACUACAACAAUUUCAAAUAAUAAUUUAUCAACACCACCAAUUUUAGUUACAACAUCAAAUAGUAUUAAUAUUCCAACUAAACUUUCAACACCAAAUGUUUCCAAUUCAUCAGCACCAUUUUAUACCGGAUCAAAUAACAAUAUCACUACUAAUGAUGAUUUAGAGUUAUCCUCAUCUUCUUCGUCAGGUUCAUCAUUUUCAUCAAUCAUUAGUCCAUCACCAAUUUCAUAUAUUACUACAAAUACUAUGAUUUCAUCAUCACCAUCAAGCACUGGAGAUAUUUUAAUGAGACCCGGUGGUAAGGUCACUCCCCCACAAAUUCUAAAUAAUAGUUCCCAGGUUAUUGCAGGUGUAAUUUUUGAAUAUUAUCCAAAUAUUAAUUGUGGUUUAUUUUUACAUAUGAUUAUUCAAAAAAAACAUAGAAAUAUGGGAUUAGAAGGAUUAUUAGUUAAAAGAGCUAUUGAAAUUUUAGAUAGAAAUGCACAUUCACAUGGUCAUUUGGCAGGAUGUAAUGCAAUCUUUUUUGAAACUAAAUCAGCAGUUAACAGCGGUAUUCCACAUCAAAGUAGUGAUCCAAACCAAAUUGAUCCAAGACAACAACAUUCAAUUCUUCAUAAGAUUGGUUUUAGAUUAGUAGAUUUUGACUAUACUAAAUUACCAUUGGUUCGUUUGGGUAAGUCAACCAAUUUAUUAUUGACAGUUUAUCUUUCUCCACAUAUUCCAAGCCAAAGUAGUUUAGAUGGCGACAAAUAUUACUUACCAAGUGUACUUUUAAAGAAUUUUAUUUAUGAUCUUUGGGAUACAUCAUAUUUAAAUUCCAAAGUUUCAAAGAAACCAGAUGAAGAUCCAGAGUAUGGAAGAGCUUUAGAACAAAUUGAAUUACGUGAAAAAAUUCCAUUGUUAGAUUUACCAUGGGGUGCUGGAAAGCCAUGGACACUAGUAGAUUUAUAUGAGGAUUAUGACGAAGAGCUCUUAGAGCGUUGUUACAGGGAAUUUAUGGUACCAAGCGUUAAACAUAGUGAAAUUCCAUCUUUAGGCAAUGUCCUUAGAGCAAUGUCCCCUGAAGGUGAGGAUUCAUCCUACUUACCUGAUGUCCAUGUAUUGUUAGCUGUUAGAUGGCCUGCUGACUUUUCAAAGGAUGGUGGUAAUUCCCAGCCAAUUAUCGAUGGUUUAUGUGUUUUCGAAUAUCAUACAGAACAAAAUUGUGGUAUUUUAACCCAUUUAAUUCUUCAAAAGAAAAACAGAGCAUCCGAAGGUUUAGACUCUCUAUUGGUAGAUUCAGCUGUUGAGAUUUUAGAUACAAAUGCAAGGGAACGUGGUAAUUUAGCUGGUUGUAAUGCAAUUUUUCUUCACAUUAAAAAUCCAUCACAAACUGUUAGUCCUGAUGUAGUCGAUAUCUGUCAACACCACAUGCUAUUAUACAAGAUGGGAUUCAAAUUAUUAGAUUUCGAUUAUUAUAUUCCACCACUUGAUAGCAUUACUUCACCAAAAAAGAUGAUGUUGGGUCUCUUCAUUACACCUUUAAUUCCAAAAUCAAAUGAAAAAGGUGAUCGUCCAUUCAUUCCAUCAAAUCUUUUAAAGCAAUUUGUUGAACUUCAAUGGGACAAUGCUUUUGGAUCAGAGCAAAUUAAAAAUUCACCAAACACCUAUUUAGAAUACCAAAGAAUGAUCGAACAGAUAGAAUUACGUGAAAGAAUUCCAUUAUUGGAUUUACCAUGGGAUAGCGGUAAACCAUGGACAUUGGUCGAUCUUUGGGAAGAUUACGAUCGUGAAUUAUUAGAACGUUUCUACAAAGAAAUUAUGAUACCAAAUUUCCCAAACAAGUACGAAUUGGAGCCAUUGGAAAACUGGAUCCAAGCAUUUUCAAGUGAGAUAAGAGAUGAUCCAAAUAUCUCUGAUCUUCAUAUUCUUUUAGCUCUCCGUUGGAGUGACAGCUCUACCCAACCAAUUAUUGAAGGUGUUAUCAUUUUCGAAUAUUUCUCAGCAAAUAACUGUGGUUUACUUACUUAUUUAAUCGUUCAAAAAACAUUCAAAGGAAAAGGUUUGGAUCGUAUAUUGGUUGAAAGUGCUAUCGAAAUUUUAAAUCAAAAUGCUAAAAGUCAAGGUUUCCUUCCAGGCUGCAAUGCAAUCUUUUUAGAGGUUUAUUCCGGUGAAAAAGUAACCAUAAAGCAAGAUGUUGUAGAUCCACGUAUGCGUCAUUCAAUCUAUCAUCAAAUUGGAUUUAGAUUGAUAGAUUUCGAAUACAUUGCACCACCACUCUCCAUAACCUACCCAAAACUCAAACAUUUCCUUUUAACUGUUUAUCUCACAGAGCACAUACCAAAGAUGCCAUUAGAGGAUGGGAAAUAUUAUUUACCAAGCAGUGUUUUAAAGAAUUUUAUUACUGUUCUUUGGAAGAAUGCAUAUGCCACCAAUAAAAUUAAACAUCAACCCCAAGUCGAUGGAGAUUUCACCAGAAUGAUAGAACAAUUCGAAUACCGUGAAAAAGUGCCAUUAUUGGAUUUACCUUGGGGUGCAAGUAAACCAUGGACAUUAGUAGACUUAAGAGAUGACUAUGACGAGGACUUGAUGGUACGUUUUUAUAAUGAAUUAAUGUUACCAAAUUUCCCAAUGAAGAAUGAGUUGGAGCCACUUUCAAAUUUCAUCAGUGCACUCUCAGAGGAAAGAAGAGAAUCCUAUAAUCCACAUCUCAGCGAAGUUCAUGUCUUAUUAGCUUUAAGAUGGCCAACAGAUAGCUUUGAUCUCCAACCUACUAUUGGUGCCGGUAUUAUUUUUGAAUACUAUUCAAAUACAAAUUGUGGUUUAUUAUCAUACUUGGUUGUUCAUCGUUCAUCAAGAGGUCAGGGAUUGGCAGGUAUUCUCGUUGAAAGAGCAGUUGAGCUCUUGGAUAAACAUGCUAAAACUCGUGGUCAAUUGGCUGGUUGCAAUUGCAUCUUUUUAGAAACCAAUUCUGCAGAAAAAGUUACACUUCAACAAGAUGUUAUGGAUCCUCGUAUGAGACAUACAAUCUAUUAUAAAAUGGGCUUUAGAAUGAUCGAUUUUGAAUAUAUUAUGCCACCACUCUAUGCUGGAUUCGAAAAACUUCGUGGUGUACUCUUAUUGACCGUAUAUCUUACACCUCAUAUUCCAUAUCAAGAUGUAAAUGGUAAAAAGCAAUACUAUUUACCAAAUGUAUUACUUAAGAAUUUUAUUGGUUCUCAAUGGGAAAAUGCCUAUCGUAAUAAUCGUCUCUCUGUAUUACCAAAUCAAGAUGUAGAUUUUACCAUGUCGCUAGACCAAUUGGAAAUUCGUGAACGUGUUCCAUUAUUAGAUUUACCAUGGGGUGACGGAAAAGAUUGGAUGAUUGUCGAUCUUUGGGAAGAUUAUGAUCAAGAACUAUUGGAUGCUUUUUACAAGAAAUAUAUGAUCACCCAAUUUGGUACAUCAGAUGAAUUAGAACCAUUGGACAAUUGGCAUAAGGCUUUAUCAGAUGAAGGUCGUGAUGAUCCAAAUAUUUGCGAUCUCCAUGUUUUAUUGGCUUUAGGUUUGCCAGGUGAACACAAAGGAAAAGGUCACAAAUAUAUUAUUGGUGGUUUGGUUUUCGAAUAUUACCCAGAAACAAAUACUGCUUUAGUUACAUAUUUGGUUGUAAAUCAACGUUGGUCAGGUAAAGGUAUUGGUACAGAUUUGAUAUUACGUACACUCACUAUUUUAGAUCAAAAUGCAAAACAAAAGGGUCAUAUCGCUGGUUGUAAUGCAAUCUUUUUAGAGGUUAUGUUUUCACCACAAAGUACCAUUAAUGGUCCAGAUUCAUCCCUUAGCCAUGUUUUCCUUUUCAACAAAGGUUUCCGUCUUUUGGAUUUCGAAUAUUAUCAACCACCAACUUCUUUAAAGAAUCCAAAAUCAAAUAAUGUAUGUCUUACUGUUCUCCUAACUCCUCGUAUUCCUAAGCAUGGUGAAGGUAGUGAAAUUCAACCAUUUGUUCCAUCAUCUCUUUUAAGAUCUUUUAUCACUACUCUUUGGGAAGAUGAAUGCGGUUUAAUUGGUUACAAUUUCGAAAAAGAUCCUUGUUAUUUACGUAUGAUGAAUCAAUUGGAUAACAAUGAAUAUUUCCAUUGUUUAGACUUACCUUGGAUUAAACAUAGAAUUGACCCAGCUACUUUACCAAUUUCAACUGAUAAAUCUGCAAAUAGUUUUGAAAAUCAUAUAAAUUUUUCAAACUCAUUUAAUAAUUUAAAUAUUAGUUAUUCAUCACCAAAUCCAAUUCAUUUAAAUUCAAAAGAUCACAUUUUAAAUAAUAAUAAUAAUAAUAGUAGUUUAAAUAAUAGUGGUAAUAAUAUGAUAUAUAACACCAAUAAUAAUGAACAAAAAGAACAAUCCCAACCAUUAACCCCAAAUUCUCAACAACAACAACAAAGAGAACCUCCAUUACCAACACAACCAUUAACUCCAAAAUCACAACAACAAGUUGUACAACAGCAUUUAAAUAAUUCAUCUUCAAGUUUAACUCCUACCUCAACUAGUUUAAGAGCUUCAGCAAAUAAUCAAAGAAACUAUUUAAAUUCAAGUGGUGGGUUUGUAUUAAAUAAUUUGGAAAAGCUAGAUAGUAGUUUAGGUAAAUCAAAUAGUAAUAAUAAUUUAGCAGGCACCUAUUUUAGCACAUCAAAUGAAAAUAGUGGCGAUCAAAAUGUAGCUAAUAAUAAUGUAUCUGUUCAAAAAGAUAAAAUGAAAUUUUCAACACCAAAUUCCUCUGCACCAAGUUCACCUAUUCUUUCACCACAAAGUUUAAGCUCAAUCAUAUUACCAUCUAAUGCUGCUCCAUUAUCUCCAGCUCUAUUCCCAAAAUUAAGUAACUCCUCGAUAGUCCAAAAAGUAACUUUAGAUAAAUAAGAGUAUUAAUCAAUAAUAAUAAUAAAAAAUAAUUUAAAAAUAUAUUUAAAUAAAUAUUUUAAUUUUAUUUUUCUAAAAUUUUUAAAUAUAAAUAAAAAUGCAAGAAUAUUUGUAUAUUGG